AUGAACGCCAUGCGGCUCAAACCGCCCGAGUUGAGCGCCCCCGACAUCCACACCUUUUUCUUAGCUUUGGAGAAUUGGUUUGACGUGUGGAACAUUUCUCCGAGAAGUGACGUCAAGCGCUACAACAUACUCAAAACGCAGACGUUCCAGCGACUCAUCGAUGAUGUACUACGAGGUCUCGAUUUCGUGUUCCCCUACAUCGACGACAUGAUAGUAGCAUCAGCGACAGAGGAACAACAUCACGACCACCUGCGCCAGCUAUUCCAGCGUCUGGAGCAACAUCAGCUAGCCAUUAAUCCGGCUAAGUGCGAAUUUGGCCGUAGUGAAAUCGCCUUCCUGGUUCCGAUCCCGGACAUUGCAAAACCAACUGUCGUUUCGGCACUGCUCUAUCACUGGAUCGCCCGAUUUAGAGUUCCUUCGUACGUGACCACGGGCCCAGGAAGACAGUUCGAAUCUUCCAUGUUCAAGGAACUAAUGCGAACACUCGGAACGAAGCAUAUGCGAACGACUGCCUAUCAUCAGCAAGCAAAUGGACUGAUCGAAAGAUGGCAUCGCACCCUGAAAGCAGCCAUUUGCCAAGGACACAACAAGAUGGAGUUAACACCUACCACUGAUUCUGCUGGGACUCUACGUACCACCUUUAAGGAUGACAUCAAUGCAUCACCAGCAGAACUCGUCUACGGUACAACUCUCACACUCAACACCCGGCAUCGACCGAACAGCCAUCCCUAA